UUAACUUCAAUAAACAAAAAAAUUGCUUUUCCUGUCUAUCAAAAACAUACAUAGGAUAAAUGUUUUGAGCAAUACCCUUAACUGCCCAAAAAAAAAAGUAACUUAUGUUUGUUUAAUUGUCUUAUGAGUAUAGGAAUGGAGACAGUGAUGGAAGAGGAAGAAUACAACUAUAGAGAAGUGAGGCUUCCUUCUCUGAUAGCAGUGGUGGGCGAGCCAGAGCUGGGGAGGGAAACAGGGGAAAGGAGAAGAGGAAGGGACAUAAUAAUAGCCAUAGAUCAUGGCCCCAAUACCAAACAUGCUUUCGAUUGGGCUCUGGUUCACCUUUGCAGGCUCGCUGAUACCAUCCAUCUCGUUCACGCCGUUUCCGACUUGCAUAACCAAGUUGUCUACGACAUAACCCAGGGUCUUAUGGAGAAAUUAGCCAUUGAGGCUUUUCAAGUACUAAUGGUGAAAACAGUAGCUCGAAUUGUGGAAGGUGAUCCAGGAAAAGUAAUUUGCAAGGAAGCAGAGAGGAUCAAACCUGCAGCUGUGGUUAUGGGGACCCGAGGCAGAAGCUUGAUUCAAAGUGUGCUACAGGGAAGUGUUGGUGAGUACUGCUUUCACCACUGUAAAGCAGCACCUGUUGUUAUUGUUCCUGGAAAAGAGGCUGGAGAUGCGUCAAUCCUCUAGUCGAAUUAUGUUGUAAAAGGCUGUGUUUUUAUUAUCGCAUUUGUUUUAUCGUGUGUAUCUAUUAUCAAAUACUAGUGUGAAGAUUGUUUCUAAUUCAUUAGAACAAGAAAAAAGAGCAUCACAUGCUGUGAUUAUUAAUAUUCUUUUCUGGAAAGUCACAAUUGAUUGGUUGCCCAUGUUCCCAUUUUCAAAAAUCUAAUUGUAACUAUUAAUUCCA